AGCAGCAGCAGCAGCAGCAGCCGCCGCGCCGGGCAGGCCGCGAAGGCGACGGAGCUCCGAGCCGUAGUCGCCGCCCCGCCGGGGGCUCCUGAGCGCCGCCGCUCGCCGGGACGGACCGAGCCCGCCGGGCAGGCAGCAAAGCGCUCCUCCGUCGAGGCCCCAUUGCAGCUGAAGCCUUAGCAGCAGUAGCAGCAGCAGUGCCCGCUUCCCUGCAGCAGGAGGCCACCACAGGGAGGAGAAGAGAGCCAAGCCAAGGACUGAGGCCGCUAUGGCCCACUCUCCGGUAGCAGUGCAGGUGCCUGGCAUGCAGAACCACCGAGCAGACCCCGAGGAACUCUUCACAAAACUAGAGCGCAUUGGAAAAGGCUCAUUUGGAGAAGUGUUUAAAGGAAUUGAUAAUCGGACACAGCAAGUGGUGGCUAUAAAGAUCAUAGACCUCGAGGAGGCCGAAGAUGAAAUAGAAGACAUCCAGCAAGAGAUAACUGUCCUAAGCCAGUGUGACAGCCCUUAUGUAACAAAAUACUAUGGCUCCUAUUUAAAGGGCACAAAGUUAUGGAUAAUAAUGGAAUACUUAGGUGGGGGAUCAGCAUUGGAUCUUCUUCGUGCUGGCCCAUUUGACGAAUUCCAGAUUGCUACGAUGCUAAAGGAAAUCUUGAAAGGUCUUGACUAUCUACAUUCAGAGAAGAAAAUUCACAGAGAUAUAAAAGCGGCCAAUGUCUUGUUGUCGGAGCAAGGAGAUGUUAAGCUUGCGGAUUUUGGCGUUGCUGGGCAGCUGACCGAUACGCAGAUUAAGAGGAACACCUUUGUAGGCACACCAUUUUGGAUGGCCCCUGAAGUCAUUCAGCAAUCAGCCUACGACUCAAAAGCUGAUAUUUGGUCGUUGGGGAUCACCGCUAUUGAGCUCGCGAAAGGAGAGCCGCCCAACUCGGACAUGCACCCGAUGAGAGUCCUCUUUCUUAUUCCCAAAAACAACCCUCCAACCCUAAUAGGAGACUUCAGCAAGCCCUUCAAAGAGUUCAUUGAUGCAUGCCUGAAUAAGGACCCGACGUUUCGUCCCAUCGCAAAAGAACUCCUCAAGCACAAAUUUAUCCUGAAAAAUGCCAAGAAGACUUCUUACCUGACGGAGCUUAUUGAUAGGUUUAAGAGGUGGAAAGCGGAAGGACACAGUAGCGACGAAACAGAUUCUGAUGGCUCCGACUCGGAGUCUAGCAACAAGGAGAAUAAUUCUCACCCCGAGUGGAGUUUUACUACAGUUCGGAAGAAGCCAGAUGCCAAGAAACUGCAGAAUGGAACAGAUCAAGACCUCAUGAAAACCCUGAGUUGUUUAACCAUGAUAAUCACGCCUGUGUUUGCUGAGCUUAAGCAGCAAGACACCAACAAUGCGAGCCGGAAGAAAGCAAUUGAAGAACUUGAAAAAAGCAUCAAUAUGGCCGAAGCUACUUGUCCGGGGAUCACAGAUAAGAUGGUGAAGAAACUUAUGGAAAAAUUUCAAAAGUUUUCUGUCAAUGACUCCUCCUAAGAAACUUUCUAUCAGUGAUUGCUGUUCCUCACGGACAUAGUAUAGCCCACCAAAACCUACUCUAAGCUUGGCAAUGCUUUGCUCAUAAGCUCCUUGUGCCUUUUGGGAUCAUUGCGACAUAUUUGAUGAUCGGGGAUUUGAAAGGACUUAACUCCACUAUUUUGUGAUGGGUAUACAUGCUUUUUUGUAUUUCCAGGACAUUCUUUUUGUAAAGAGCAACUUUUAAUAUUGUAGUUUUCACCUGUUUAAUCCAACCGAAAACACACACUUGCAGAACCAGCGGCGAGGUGCAGUUUUGCUUCUAGAUCUAAUCAGGGGCUACAAUUGCCAAUCCCACGUGUGGGAUCGGGGGGUGUCCAGCGUUCAGUGGAGCACACCCCAUCCCAUUGAGGUUCAUAGGAGAUAUACAGGCCGUGUACUCCAGUCGCAUUGUGUUACUCUCCAAAGACAAGGACAUACCGGUGGAGGUCUCUUUUCUUCUGUUUUUUCUUCCGUACGCAUAAGUUUAUAACUAGGCUUCAAAAAGUAGCUUUUCACAAGCCUCGACGUGAGAGCACCGUAGCCGGCUAGGAAGUUGCUGUAGCCCCUGCUUGAACACGAUAGUCUUUAUUUAGGCCCCUGUAAAGCAUAACUAGCCUGCGACAAUAUCGACUAUUUUGAAAACUGGUACAGUAUUUUAGGCAGCUCUGUGAUCACCUACCUUUUGAGAGCAAUAUGUCAAAUAGCUUUGCAAGUUAACAUGUAGCGACCUGGUAUAGCUUAGUGUACAGUCUGUGUGUAUCCCCUUUUUAGAUCAGGAUUUCAGUAGUCUUUCAUCAUGGUAGGAAAUUUUUAAAGCAAUACAGGUGGAGGGGGGAAGGGAGGGGGCAUUUGGCAAUAACGGUCACGCACAGGCAUCUGGCAUAAUUGAAGCGUUUCUUCCUCUUUUUUUCUUUUCUUUUUUUUGAGUAAAAUGGGAAAUAAGUUUUUAAAAAAGAGUUCAUUCUGUGUUUUGGGGCAGGGGACCUGGGCGAUUACCGUGGCAUGCGAUAAAUACCUCACAAGCAGGUAUAUUAUACAUGUGGGGCACCAGCGUUGUGUGUGGUGGCGUUCCUUUCUUGUAAGAUAUUUAUACACUUGCGUUCUUUAAAGUACAUUACAUACAGUGCAUCACCAUGUUACGUUUAGUUCCCCACCCCCCAAAGUGUAUUUUAAAUAUGUAUUUACCAGUUAAUAUGCAAAUAACUGAGUUAUAGAUAUUCUUUCACAAAAAGAUAGUACUGUGCAGUAUGGAGUGAUUUUCCCCCCCCAUAAAAGGUAGAUAAAAUUAUAAACUUGCUUUCAAUUAUAUAUUUAUGGUACUGUUUAGAUGGGGUAAUACCUUUUUUCCUUCCUUAUUUUUUAAACCCAGUAUGUAUAUUAUGCUGAAGUUUGAAGUGGGGUUGUAUUUCAGUCCUUAGCUGUGGAACUGUUGGUGUAAAUUUAUUUUUGAUAAAAAGGCUGGAUAUGUUUAAUUUUAUGGUUCAGAUCUGCACAUUUUUGUUUUGUUUUGCACAGAUGUCAUUUUAAAGGAUUUGAAAUAUAUCUGCCAAAUAUUGAAAAGAGUUAAUGGAGUGCAAACAAAUAUUGAUUUUUUUUUCCCAUUCAGUUGCCAUUGCAUCCUUUUUUAAAAAAGAAAAAAAGACUAAAAGACUCUGGUGAGAGAUGGUGGUUAGAAAUGCCAAGGGCAAUUAUUUUCAAUGGUGCCUACACUGUAAAAAAAUAAAUAAAUUACUUUUAACGUC